AUGCGCAGCAUGGCGAGCUCAGGCUCCAAACGAGGCAUCGCGGCGGUGGUCGGGGUGGGGCCCAAGCUCGGCCGAUCCAUUGCCCGCAAGUUCGCCCAUGAGGGUUACACCGUCGCCAUACUGGCCCGUGACUUAGGGAGGUUGUCGAGAUUUGCGGACGAGAUAGCGAGGGAGGAGAAAGCGCAGGUUUUCGCCAUAAGAAUCGACUGCUCGGAAUCGAGGAGUGUGAAGGAAGCAUUUGAAGGGGUUCUGUCGUUGGGAUUUGUAGAGGUUUUAGUCUACAAUGCGUCCCAGCCAGUGGCUCGGCAGUACCCGACCAACUUCGCUGACAUUCGCAUCGAUUCCUUCGAGAAAUCGCUCGCGGUUUCCUCUGUCGGCGCCUUUCACUGCGCUCAACAGGUUCUUCCGGGGAUGGUGGAAAGAGGAAGAGGGACAAUUCUCUUCACCGGCUGUUCGGCUUCUUUAAGCGGCAUUGCCGGUCACUCUGAACUAUGUUGUGGGAAAUUCGCGCUAAGAGCACUAUCGCAAUGCCUGGCGAGAGAGUUCCAACCACUGGGUGUGCACGUCGCUCAUGUUAUCAUCGACGGUUUCAUUGGCCCACCAAGGGCUGGAGGGGUAGGGGGAGGAGGGAAUAGUAGUACAGGUACAGGGCAGAGGACGUCGGUUGGGGAACAAGUACAGAGCGGAGGAGGGGACGGGUCAAUGAACCCAGACGCGCUGGCUCAAACUUACUGGCACUUGCAUGUUCAGGACCGAACCGCUUGGACCCAAGAGAUUGACCUUCGUCCUUCCACCUCUAGAUUCUGCUAAUUAUAUAGUCAUAUAUAUAUAUAUAUAUAUCCAUCAUUUCCUCGUAACGGUUUCAUCAAU